UAACUUGUUUAUAAAUAAACUCCCGUCCUGUGUGCAAGUGCAGUGUUUCUACAUUAUUUUGUAAAGUUAAGUUAAAUCAUGCUUUUAAAGUUAUUGAGUUAGUUUAAUUGCUUCAUUUUGCAGUGGCCAUCUCCUAAAUUACAAGAUGGAUUCGGAAUUUCACAUGUGCCGACUGUGCCUGGACCGAGUUGACCCGUCAGCAGUAGUGAUUCUCAACGUGGAGGAAAAUUUGGUUGAAACGAUUUUUCAAAUUACCACCGUCCAGGUAAUAAUAGACCCAACUCAUCUUGUGUUCAUGUGUGAACAAUGUCAAAACUUGCUAGAAACGACAAUUCAGUUUCGCACGAUGUGCCUCCAAAACGACGAAACUUUUCGGGAUUUGCAUGCCAAACAUGAGGAAUCACUAAACGUCGCAAAGGACGAACAGGAAAGUCUAAACCGCGAAGAAUCAUUGAAUAUCGUGAAGGACGAAUACUCGUUGGGCACCGUCAAGGACGAAUUGGACACUUCUAGGACGGAAUUUGUAGCAUGUAAAGUGGAAGAUGAUGCUCAAAACGAUGAUAUGAUUCAAGGGCCAGAAGUAAAAAAAUCGAAUGAAACCCGCAAAAAGUAUAAACCAAGGAACGCACACAAGACAUCCGAAUCGCGAAAAGUGCAAUGCCAAACAUGUGGAGCGUUUGUCCAUCCCGUGCACCUGCCCAAGCACCGGCUGAUUCACGACAAAAACCGACCCAUGUUUGCGUGUGAGCAGUGUCCGAAAAAGUAUACCGAGCAACGUAAGCUGAAAGAGCACAUCACAAUCGUCCACGAGGGUCACCUAGAGCACACGUGCGAUCGAUGUGGGAAGACAUUCCACCGGUGGGAAACGCUGAGACAGCAUUAUCUUGGCGAACAUACGGAUUUGAAAAAGUAUGAGUGCAAGGUAUGUGGAGAGAAGUUUUCCCGCUCUGCGAAUCGUAAUUAUCAUUAUAGAAUGAAUCACACAGUUGAGAAGCCAUUUGCUUGUUCCUACUGUGAUAAAUCCUUCAAACGCAGCUGUGACCUCACCAUUCAUAUACGGAAACACACCGGCGAGAAACCGUUCAAGUGUGAUAUUUGCCAGAAAGGAUUUACCAAAAGCUACAACGUAGUGAUUCAUAAAAAGUCACACAAAACAACCGAGAUGAGACGGGACGAUAAGCUGAAUGAAGAAGACUCGGAGGAGCAAACCAUAGAAUUCAUUGAAGAUGCAAUGGAGUGAUCGGCAAAUAUGACAACUAUUUCUUCCCUCUUAUAAGAUUUGAAUUCGGAUGUUAUCCUUUCAGUAGUCGUUACUGAACACUGAUUGAAUUUUUUCAAUCAUGUUAUCGUGAAGAUGAAUAAAGAUUCGCCCAAAAGAAACACAA